AUGAAAAAUGAAUUGAAAUCCGUCCAACUUGAAACGAGGCAACAAAGAAAAUCCAGAAAAAUCCUUACAAAACAAAUUCACAGAACUGAACGUUUUGAUUUUCUGUCAAUGAGUACGUCAGAAAAAUCUUCUUUUCUCCUCCAAUAUGUCAAGUUUCUCCCCCUUUUAUUGCUUUUUUUACCUAUUUUUAUAUUCACCAUUGUUUCUUUUAUUUCUUUUGCCUCCACACCGUUACUUCCUCGCUUUUUUACCGUUUCUUCCUCGCUUUUUUACCGUUUCUUUCUCGCUUUUUUACCGUUUCUUCCUCGCUUUUUUGCCGUUUCUUCCUCGCUUGUUUACUGUUUCUUCCUCACGGUUUUACCGUUUCUUUCUCACGUUUAUACCGUUUCUUCCUCACUUUUUUUACCGUAUCUUCAUCACUUUUUUUACCUUUUCUUCCUCACUUUUUUACCGUUUCUUUCUCACUUUUUAUCGCUUCUUCCUCACAUUUUAUCGUUUCUUUCUCACUUUUUACCGUUUCUUCCUCACUUUUUACCGUUUUUUUCUCACUUUUUAUCGCUUCUUUCUCACUGUUUUACCGUUUCUUUCUCAUUUUUUUUACCGUUCCUUCGACAUUUUUUACCGUUUCUUCGUCGCUAUCUUUUUACCGUUUCUUCUUCACAUUUUUACCGUUUCUUCCUCACAUUUUUACCGUUUCUUACUCACUUUUUACCGUUACUUCCUUACUUUUUUACCGUUUCUUCCUCACAUUUUACCGUUUCUUUCUCACUUUUUCUCCAGGUUUUCCAUGAAUUUUCUGCUCAUUAUUCUCAGUCUUUUCUUCGCGGCUUUCUCUUUUUUAAACCGUUUCUUUAUCAACUUUUUCUAAAGUUUUUGUCACUUUCCCUCCUUCCUCACCCUUUGCCCCCGUUUCUUUCGUGUCUUUUCUACCCAUUUUCCCUCCUUCCUCACCCCUUGCCCCCGUUUCUUUCGUGUCUUUUCUACCCAUUUUUCCUCACUAUUUCCAAGAGUUUAUUCUGCAUUUCCCAAUAUUUCUCUUUUGUCGCCUCCUCGCGUUUCUUUAUUGGAAAUUUUUCCCUUUUCUUUUUUGCGUUUUCUUCCAGUUUUUCUUCAAUUAUUUCUUUUUUCAAUUUAUCAUUCAGUAUCUCUUUCGCUUUCUCGCUUUCUCGCUUUCCUCACAUGUUCCUUUCUCGCAUUCCCUACAUGUUCCUUUCUCGCUUUCCCUACAUGUUCCUUUCUCGCAUUCCCUACAUGUUCCUUUCUCGCUUCCCUACAUGUUCCUUUCUCGCUUUCCCUACAUGUUCCUUUCUCGCUUUCCCUACAUGUUCCUUUCUCGCAUUCCCUACAUGUUCCUUUCUCGCAUUCCCUACAUGUUCCUUUCUCGCUUUCCCUACAUGUUCCUUUCUCGCAUUCCCUACAUGUUCCUUUCUCGCUUUCCCUACAUGUUCCUUUCUCCUUUCCCCUACAUGUUUCCUUUCUCGCUUUCCUUAUUUCCUUUCUCGCUUUCCCCACAUGUUCCCUUUCUCACUUUCCUCCACAUGUUCCUUUCUCGCUUUCCCCUACAUGUUCCUUUCUCGCUUUCCCUUACAUGUUCCUUUCUCGCUUUCCCCCCUACAUGUUCCUUUCUCGCAUUUCCCAUGUUCAUUUCUCGCAUUCCCUACAUUUUCUCGCUUUCCCACAUGUUCCUUUCUCGCUUUCCCUACGUGUUCCUUUCUCCCUUUCCUACAUUUUUUUCUCAAUUUUCCUCUGUUCCUUUUCCUUUCCAUGUUCUUUCUCGCUUUCCCUCGUUCCUUUCUCGUUUUUUUUGCUUCAUUUCCUUCGUUCCUUUCUCGCUUUCCCCUACGAUUCUUUUCCCUUUCCUCUUUCAUGUCGUUCCCUUUUCCUUUCUCACUUUUUUUCCUUUCUCGUCCUCCAUCAAUUUUCCUCUUUUUUUCCAACUCGUCGCUUUCGUUUUUUUUUGCUUCAUUUCUUUCGUGCAGAUUCUUCCCUUUCUUUCAUGUCGUCUUUUUCUCAUUUUUUCCUCGUCCUCCAUCAUUUUUCCAAUUAUUUAUUUCUAGGCCUUUUCAGUCGUUCUUUUCAGUUCUUUUCAGUCCUGUUCAGUCGUCCUUUUCAGUCCUGUUCAGUCGUCCUUUUCAGUCCUUUUCAGUCCUGUUCAGUUCUUUUCAGUUUUUAUCAGUUCUUUUCAGUCAUUCUUUUCCGUUCUUAUCAUCCGUUUUUUUUCGCUUUUUAUUCUUACCUUGUUCAUUUUCCGUUCGUUGCUUUGUAUUUAUUCCAUAUGCGGCCUCUAUUUCUUUUAAUUCCUUUUUCUUUCUUUUGCGAAUUGGACUCAAGCCAAUACAAGUUCAUUAUUAUUAUUAUUCUCUUUCUGUUUUUUUUUCUCUUUCUUUCUACUUACCUCACUGUGGGGCUUUGAGGAAUCACUUACUUUUCUCUUCCCUUCUUUCUUGUUUCAUUCCUAACCUAAAAGUUUCUUCGGUGAAAUUAAUGGUCGUUCUUUUUUUUUUUUUCUUCUUGCCUAUUCCUGCGUUCAAGUGGUGGUUCACUUCAAUGCGACACCUUUGCAGAAAAAGGGCUGGAAGCGGUGUCUCCUCACGUACAGCCUAA